AGGUGUUUUCUUUGGAGAUCUUGAGUUUGGACUUUAGAAUCAAAGAUAUAUAAAGAUGGAUGAGGAAGAAGGUAAAGAUCAAGAUCGAGUAACGAGAGGAUGUAGUCACACUCACAGCUGUAACCCUCCAGGCCCAGAGGAUGCUUUUCAUUCCCACACAUGCUUCCACGCUCACACUCAUCUCAUCAUCUCUGAUCAGCAAGAGCAUGAUCAUUCUGAGAGUAGCAACAAGAAACGGUCAUGUGGUAAUAGAGAGGCAGUGAGGAAGUACAGGGAGAAGAAGAAGGCUCGCACUGCGUACCUUGAAGAUGAAGUGAAGAGAUUGCAAUCUCUGAAUGAGCAAAUGCUUAGAAAACUUCAGAGCCAAGAAAUGGUGGAAAGUGAAUUGAUCAGACUCCGGACUCUUGUGGUAGAGAUGCAGGGGAAAAUUGAUGUUGAACUUUGUGGCUUCUCCUUUCAGAAACAAUGCAACGGUUCUGGUUUUGUGUUCAAAGAAGAUGGAUGCAGUGUAGCAACAAGUAAUAUGAUGUGUGAAGCGGCAAGAGUGGAGUGCGAGGAGGGCCAAACAGUUCAUGAUCCUAUUCACUCCUUUGUUCCUCAAUCACCACCAUUCUCACAUUAAGCUUUUAGGGGCUGUGGUAUUGUAUAUAUAUACAUAUGGGUUUAAUUAAGGGCAUAGAGGUUGGAUUCCAAUAUAGUUAACUUAUACAC